AGCACGUGGGUGCAUCCAACAUCAUCAACAGACACACGAAAUAACCCCAUAUCAAGGCCCCUCAAAUUAUAAAUAUCAAUUCUUUCUUGCCGGAUCGAAACAUAUAUCAAAUUGGGAUGCCUCCAGACUCUUCGCAACCAUGAAAUCUGCCAUAAUUCCUGUGCUUUUGCUUGUGGCCACCACAGCAUUUGGCUCAUCCACUCGCGGCAUUGAGAAUCUAAUCCAACGCCGCCUUCCAAAACAUGCACAUGAAUUUCGCUUCUCCCUGGUUAAUGACACGCGAGGCGAAACCGUCAAUGAUAGUUAUGUUGUUUCUCCAAUGCACGAUGGGAAGAUCCUAGUCGAGGGUAACUCCUUGAGUGCCUUGUCUAGAGGUCUUCACCGGUUCUUCACCGAUAUCGCCGAGGUCGACUUUUACUGGUUCAUUGGCAAUCGUCUAGAUGCCCUUUCUUCUUUCCCAAGACUUUCCGAGACAUUGGUGGGCGAGAGUGUCGUUCCUUGGAGAUACCAUUUUAACACCGUGACAUUCUCCUAUACAACGGCAUUCUGGUCAUGGGAAGAAUGGGAAGAUCAACUGGAUUGGAUGGCCCUUCACGGCAUCAAUCUCCCCCUCGCUUGGGUGGGCGUAGAGAAAGUUAUUGUUGAGGUUUUCCGUGAACUUGGACUCACUGACAAGGAGAUUGCAACUUUCCUGAGUGGUCCAGCAUUCCAAAGUUGGAACCGUUUAGGAAACAUUCAGGGCUCCUGGGGCGGCGAUCUCCCCUACAGUUGGAUUGAAAGCCAGUUUCAGCUACAGAAAAAAAUCAUUGCUCGCAUGGUUGAACUAGGAAUGAUGCCUAUCCUGCCGGCCUUUACUGGAUUUGUGCCCCAAGCAAUCACUCGUGUUCUCCCAAACUCUACAGUGGUUGCCGGGUCCCGAUGGAAUGGCUUCCAGUCCGAGUAUACCAACGACACGUUCCUAGAACCAUUUGACACAGCCUUUGCGGAUUUACAAACACGGUUUAUCUCGAAGCAGAGAGAUCUAUAUGGCAACAUCACUCGCUUCUACACGCUCGAUCAGUACAACGAGAAUGAUCCUUAUUCUGGCGACGUGGACUAUCUCGAGAGCAUCGGUCGGAGUACCUGGGAGAGUCUGAAGACUGCUGAUCCUGAGGCCAUCUGGGUGAUGCAAGGAUGGCUCUUCACUUCCAACUCUCGUUUUUGGACAAACGAACGUAUAGAGGCCUAUCUUUCGGGCGUCAAAGUGGACACCGAUAUGCUCAUCCUGGACCUCUUCUCUGAGAGCUCACCACAGUGGCAGCGUACGAACUCAUAUUAUGGAAAGUCGUGGGUUUGGUGCCAGCUUCAUGGUUACGGUGGUAACAUGGGUCUAUACGGCCAAAUUAUGAAUAUCACGCAGAACCCAAUUGAGGCUCUAGCGAAUUCAUCCUCGCUUGUUGGGUUUGGAUUGACAAUGGAAGGCCAAGAAGGGAACGAAAUAGUUUAUGACCUUCUUCUCGACCAGGCCUGGUCCUCGACUCCCAUUGACACCGAAACCUAUUUUGAAAACUGGGUGACGCGUCGCUAUGCGGGUGUUCAUUCCCUCCCGAAAGGAUUGUAUCAGGCGUGGGAGACUCUGCGCUCAACCGUCUAUAACAACACUCACUUGAGUAUUACUGCGGUGACCAAGUCAAUUCUCGAACUGAAACCGAGUACCUCUGGGCUCGUGAAUCGAACCGGUCACCACGCAACAACUAUGACAUACGACCCCUCCGUCGUAGUCAGCGCAUGGGAUCUCCUGUGCCAGGCAGCUACGACCGAGCCAUCUCUCUGGGGCAAUCCAUCCUUCCAGUAUGACAUGGUGGAUGUGACCCGCCAGGUUCUUUCAAACGAGUUCAUUACCCGCUACAAUAGCCUUGUGGCUCUUUACCUCGACACAAAUGCGACAAGCGGCGAAAUCAAUGCGGUCGGUGGGAAGCUGAUCGAACUCCUCUCCACGCUUGACGCUGCCCUGUCUACGAACGACAACUUCUUGCUUUCUCGGUGGACCCAAUCUGCCCGCUCCCGGGCCCCAGCAACGCAAGAGAAAGUUGCAGAUUUCUAUGAAUACAAUGCGCGCAAUCAGAUUACGCUAUGGGGCCCCCGGGGUGAGAUUAGUGAUUACGCCUCGAAGACAUGGAGUGGCCUGGUCUCGUCGUAUUACAUCCCUCGAUGGGCGAUGUUCGUCUCCUACUUGGCCUCUACGCCAACCGAGAGCUACAACCAAACUGUGUUUGAUACUAUGCUGCUUGACUUUGAACUUGAGUGGCAAUAUGCAAAGUUAACCACACCGCGCACUCAAGGCAACCUGCAGACCGUCUUGGGAAAGGUUUCUCGAAUUCUCUCUAUUGAGGAGUAAUAUGUAUAGUUGUGGAUUGAAGGCACUAUGAACAACUCAAAACAUAUAACGAGUUGAUCGAUAGGUGUUUACCAUUAUUUCUACGUUAUCAGCAGUUAACGAGGUCGUGUGCAAGAUAACUCUGGCUAAGACAACUAUCAUAUUAAUAAGAUAUGUGCAACAUAGUGCUGUUUUGCUGAGUAAACU